AUCAGAGCCGUAUAAUUUGUUGUAGAGCCGUGUAGAGAUUUUGUACUCUAAGCUAACAGUUAAGACCACAGAUUAACCGUUGGCUCUAAAUGUUUGGUCCACGUCGUCGUUGGAGACGGGGCCCCUCACGAGGUUCGGGCCUCGGUCUGAUGCUUUUAGCCGGACAACUCUAUCAAAUCGGACUCAAUCGCAUUCCACCCGUCACUCUAGCCACACUCAUCGCCCAAGUCACAAUAUUCCUCAACGUCUGGCGUCGAUUCAACGUUCGCCUGCCGAGAAUUCGAGACGCCUGCGUCAGUGUCGUUCACGUUUGGCACCACGGCCAGUGGCGUCGCCUUCUCUGGGCCUCGUUUCUUCACGUCGACGAGUGGCAUCUCUACUACAACAUGGCCUCGUUUGUUUGGAAGGGUUUAUCAGUGGAAAGGAGGAUGGGGAGUGCGAGGUUUCUGUAUGUUUUGGCGGUCUUUUCCCUGCUCGUUAAUUUAUUGCUUGUUGCGCUCAAUGUGUUGGCCGUGAGAGUACUAGAGGAGGACCGUUACUAUACUGACUGCGCUGUUGGAUUUUCUGGCGUCAUAUUUGCGUUGAAAGUGUUGACGACGUAUGAUUUGCCUUCCGGUCACGUGACGUCGGUGAUGGGUCUGUUUGCUGUUCCGACUCGAUUGGCUUGUUGGGUCGAGUUGGUGGUGACGUCACUUUUGUUUCCUAAUGUCUCGUUUGUUGGUCACUUGGCUGGGAUACUCGUUGGGAUGUUGUAUGUGAGAGGUCCGUUGCAUGGUCUGAUGCAUGGGAUAUUUGUGGGACCAUCGGAAAGCAGUCGACGAUUUGUGACGUCAUCGUAUCAACAUGACUAUACUCACAGUUAUCAUGGAGGAUCGAAUCAGCAGCGACAUCAGUACAACAGAGAGGUAGAGCGUGUGACAGGUGACAAUACCGCUAAUUCCAGUGACAACAGUCCUGAAGUUCAGGCGGCUAUAGCAGCUAGCUUACGUGCAUCUAGAGGAGGACAUCUAAGACCGUUGUCAACGAGACAAUCAAAUCAAUUUAAGACGAGACGGCAAGUUGCAUCACACAAUGUCGAGGAUGACGAUCCAGAACUACAGAGAGCCAUACGACAGAGCUUGGAAAUUGAAGAGAGAGAGACACAGCCAGUUGCUCCAUCGGCUCCUCCUGAAGACACGUUAGGCGAGCAGCAAUAUUCCAAUGACACAAACUAUACGGGCAUACAAUCAAAUAUUGAUUUGAAUCAUCUUAGAGAGGCUCGACUUGCAAGAUUUCAGAGAAACACGUAGUUAUGUAAAUACAUGGUGAUGUCGACGUCACUGUGAUGUGGUAAUACGUACAGUUAUAAUACAGUCAGUCAA